AUGGGUUUACUCAUUGUCUCCGUGAAUAUGCUCUUUACCUUAAAGUUCAUACUAAUGGAGAUAUCUUGUUUGUUUGUUUGUCUUUAUGUUGAUGAUCUUAUUUUUACGAUUAAUAACCCAAGUUUGUUUGAAGCUUUCAAGAAAGAUUUGUCCCGUGAGUUCGAGUUGACGGACGUAGGGCUCAUGUCAUACUACUUGGGCCUAGAAGUGAAGCAGAUGGAGGAUGAAAUUUUUAUCUCUCAAGAAAGCUAUACGAAGGAGAUCUUAAAGAAAUUCAACAUGCUCGAUUGCAACCCCGUAAACACACCGAUAGAGAGUGGGACAAAAUUGUCCAUAUUUGACGAAGGAGAAAAAGUGGAUCCCACAUUUUUCAAAAGUCUUGUGGAAAGUUUGAGGUACAUAACUUCUACUAGGCCAGAUAUACUCUUUGCAGUUGGAGUAGUAAGUCACUUCAUGGAAGCUCCUACCUCCACUCAUUUAAAGGUCACUAGAAGAAUUCUUCGUAACCUAAAAGGUGCGAUCGACUUUGGAUUAUUUUAUUCUUCUAACGAUUUCAACCUUGUGGGAUUUUGCGAUAGUAAUUAUGCGGGAGAUAUUGAUAAUAGAAAAAGUACAACUAGUUUUGUAUUGUUCUUGGGUGAUUCUGUUAUUUCUUGUAGUUCAAAGAAACAAUCAAUUGUUACUCUCUCGACUUGUGAAUCUGAAUAUAUAGCAGCGAUAUCAUGUACAUGUCAUGUUAUUUGGCUUAGAAGAUUGUUGAAGGAGAUCAAUCUACCUCAAAUUGAAGCUACAGAGAUUUGUAUUGACAACAAAUCCGCACAGGCACUCGCGAAGAAUCCAGUGUAUCGUGAUCGAAGCAAGCAUAUUGAUACAAGGUAUCACUUCAUCAGAGAACGCAUUUCCAAGAAGGAAGUCGAACUCAAAUAUGUGAAGUCUCAUGAUCAACAUGCAGAUAUCUUUACAAAGCCUCUCAAGUUUGACGAUUUUCAGAGAUUGAGAUCAAGACUUGAAAUGAAGAAGAAAAAUCAAAAUUAA